ACUAUCGUUCCGUCACUGUCACUGUCACCCAACCAAAUUAUCAGAUAAUUUCCAAAAAACAGAAAAUGUGGAGAUUUUUCAGGGAAUUUCCGCUAAUUUCAGUAAAUUUCUAAUUUUAUUUUUACAUAAGUAACCCUCCGAAAGGUGCCCGUUACCACACAAACUCACUGUGCAGUGUCUUAACUUAAAAUAACUAAUAAUAAUUAAAAGUAGUGUAUAAAAUAAAAGAUGGGCAAUGUACAAGCAGCUUAUUCGGCCCCGCCGCCGCCUCCUCCCUCCGCGGGGGCUCCCGGAUUCCCCGAAAAAAAACCCACCGACCUCCAAGCGCCCCAGGAAGAAACCAUAGAAAACCCCGGACCACUGGAAGAAAUUCACACUAAGUGCAAAAACGUGUUCCCCACAUGCUUCGAAGGAGGCCGAAUAAUGCUCACCAGAGGCCUGAGCAACCACUUUCAGAUCUCGCACACGAUAAACAUGAGUUCGGUUACACCCAGCGGGUACAGAUUUGGGGCCACAUACGUCGGAACGAAACAAAUCUCCCCCAGCGAGGCCUACCCCAUCCUGCUGGGUGAUAUCGAUCCCACCGGGAACCUAAAUGCCACAAUUAUACACCAGUUAAGGCCGAGGUUACAAGCGAAAUUCGGGGCCCAAGUGCAAAAUUCCAAGUUCCAAGUGGGGCAGCUCACCAUGCAUUAUAGGGGGGACGAUUAUACGGCCAGUGUGACCAUGGCCAAUCCGGAUAUCAUUAAUAAUUCGGGGGUUAUGGUGUUGCAUUAUUUGCAAGCGGUUACGGCGAGGUUGGCUCUGGGUACGGAGUUGGCUUUCCAGAAGGGGCCCGGGGUGCCCGGGGGUGAAAUUGCCUUACUCAGUGCAGCAGCAAAAUACACGACCGAAAACUACCAGGUAACCGGCACGGUGGGAGUGUCCGGGGUGCAUUUAUGUUACUACCAAAAAGCGAGCAAACAGUUGCAAAUCGGCGUGGAACUGGAGGCGAACAACCGAAUCCAGGAAUCGGUCGCCUCCAUCGGUUACCAGGUCGAUUUGCCCAAAAGCGAAGUAGUCUUUAAAGGUCACGUGGACUCGAAUUGGUCGGUGGGCGCGGUCCUGGAGAAGAAACUGAGCCCUUUGCCCUUCACAUUGGCCAUCAGCGGUCUGAUAAAUCAUCAGAAGAAUAAUUUUAGGGUCGGAGUGGGGGUGUUGAUAGGUUAGGGUCGAACGACCGUUUUCGACUGCUUAAAGUUGAAUUUUAAACGAAAAAAAAAAUGCGGCUGCUACAAAUCGUUUUUUUUCUUUGUUUUUUUUUUUUUCGUAGUUCGGAAGUAAAUGCGGCAUUUUAACUAUUUACUAGUUUUUUUUUUAAUUUGAUUAAAUGUAUUUAUUUCCGGGGGAGGGUCGUCAUUUACGCGAGGGCCGGGCAAACCACCAGAUUUAAAAUUUUUUCGCUCUGUCCUCGCUUCAGGAAAAUUUAAAUCCGGGCAUAACGUGCCGUAUUUCAAGUUUGUCCGGUCCUGGAAAACGUCUUUUUCUCUUAAUUUUUCUUAUGUCUAGAAGCGCACCUCGACGACCCCUCUCCGUCGUUCUCGCAGGUUGUUUUUGUUACCUUUUUUACACACUGUACAAUACAGAAAAAAUAAAUCAUGUAAAAUAGACAAAAUAUAUUUGUUGAUUAACCAUAA